AUAAGAAACAAAAUAAAAAACAAACACAAGUACAACUUACCUAUUCUGUUUUUGUCUGAUUUUGUUCUGAAUUUCCUCGAAGAAUUGAGAUGGUGUAGACCUCCUUGAAGGGUGUAAACUGAGGGUCUGGAAAAUGGGAGAUCAGAGGCCCCCUGUAGACACUGAAACUUUGCGAAAGAGACUGUCGGAUCACUUCCUGGCCACAGACUUACGCUGGAGUCUCUUCGUUGCUGCCCUAUACAGCUACAGGUUUGACACAGUGCUGAAACCCUUCCCUCCACAGUACAUUAAAAAUGGAGAGAAAGAUAUGAAAAAUCUGGAGAAGAUAGUUGACAAGGUACCUAAAUUGAAUCAGCUAGGAGAAGACAGUGACAGUGAGAUACAGGAGCUACUGGCCUGGGUAACAGACAACAGGAGCUGGUGGCUUACAAUGACAGACCUAUCAAAGUUUGAUGACAUCCAAGCUUUGACAAAAGACAGUGGCGUUUCUGCAGUCAGGCCAAACUUUGUCUUUGAGGUGAAUUACUCGGAAGCCAACAAUGCUAAAUUCCAAGAUGUCAGAAAAGGGAGAGAACUCUUGUAUGCAUACCAUGGAAGCCGACUGGAGAAUUUCUAUUCAAUUUUACACCAUGGGCUUGCUUCACACAUGAAUAAGGUAGGUGUGUUUGGGGAGGGUACCUACCUGUCAGGUGAGUUGUCUGUGUCCCUCCACUACAGCCCCAUGGGGAGGAGCUGGGAGAGGAGCAGUUUGGGGGACAAGCUUAGCUGUGUAGCUGUCUGUGAGAUGAUUGAUGACCCUUCAGUAAAAUGUCAGGUCAAGAACAAUAAUAACAGAUCUCGAGCAGGAGACAGCAUGGCUGGAGAGGUCCCAGAGAAAUACUACAUUGUUCAGAACAACGAUGUGAUCCGCAUCAAAUAUCUGCUGGUUUAUUGCCAAAAAUCUAGUACACACAGGAGAUCAACAUCAGCUUUCCGUUCUUGGUGCUUCAGACACAAGUUUCUCCUGAUGAUGAUCGUUUACGCAUUCAUCUUAAUCAUUGUUGGACUUGCAAACUCAAAGACUUUUCGCUACCAACUCAAAAAGUUUGGCAUUUUUAAACAGAGAUGAUGUCUGACUUCCAUAUUUACGUAACUAUAAACCCUCGGUAAAGACUUUCCAAAACCCAUGGCAGUUGACAGGUUCUGUCAUUGCCAAAAGGAAUGACCUGUCAGCUGGCUUAAGUUUCGAAUGAUAGAUACCACUCACCAAAACAUUAUCCUUCGAGUUGUGUGCACAGUAUACUUAUAUACACAGUACACAGUAUACACAGUAUAUUUAACCUUCUGUUGGAGUACAUUUAUUGGCAUACAAGUACUGUUGGAGGGAGGGGAUAGUCUGCAGAUGAGUAUGGACAACUUGAUUUACAAAGGAAUGUCAGUCAUUGAUUAUUACUGAUAAUGCAUGAUAAUACUUCUAAAACAUACAGUGUGGCCAUCAAAAGCCAGCAUACUGGUAUAUGCAUUAAUUUUAAGUGAAAAUGGUAUACAUGAACAUACAAUGUAUCAGUGGUUUUUUCUUAUUUAAUUUUUUAAUGAGUCCCAUUUAAUUACUUUAUAUACAAAUAUUUUUAUGUAUUGGAAGUAAUAGUGUAUCAAACCAGACCAUUUACUGAACACCUGAUCAGCUUACAUUCACAAUGUAUUUGUGAUAUUUCUUGUCUCUCCUUGCAAUACUCUGUGCAAUUAACCUUAUGUAAAUGCAUUUUCAAGAACAUAUUAUAUUUAUUUAGUACACAGGAAUGGAUAAAACAUGCAUUUUUGUAAGAUCUGAUGAUAUCCGAUUGUAUAUAAUUCAUGUUAUUUCGGCAUUAUUUUGCACUGAUGUUUAAUACAAAUUGUAUAUUUUUUAAUGUUUAUUCCUUCAAUGAGGAAGGUAAAACAUUAUGUGGCUAACAUGUCUGUAAAGCUCAAAGUUGGCAACUUAUUUUCUCAAUUGUAUGAAUUUGAUAAUUUUAGAGGUCCAUGGUACAGAAUAGGUAGAGGUUAAAUGUGCAGCCAUAGAAAAUCUCAAGUCAUACAGUAAAACUCUUUUAGUGCAAACAUGGAUAUAGCAAAAUCUUGGAUAUAGCCAAGUUUAAUAGAGUUUCCAGCAAAAUUCUCAACAAAUCCUUGCAAAUCUAACGGUUUUAAUGAAUUUGGAUAUUGUAAAUUUAAGGAUAUAAUGAUGAUUUUGAUUUCCACUGUGAAAAAUAAUGAAAUUUUAAACCUUUAUAAUGAAUUUCUAUAUAGUUUCAAAAGUUAGAAAUACCAUCUGACAUAAUAGUAUGAAUAAAUUUAUUUUCACACACAUUCAGGUUUCGAAAGCUCAAUAAGCAUAAACUGUAGUCUUAUGGAAGAAAACAUGAAUAUUACGAAUUUGCUGUACUGAUUAUUAUGAUUUUGUUACACUGAUAUAACUAGUCCCUAGGGCUUCACUAUAACCAAGGUAUACUGUAUUUAUAUUCACAGAUAUUUUUUGCUCUUUCAGGAACCUUCACAUAAUAUGUAUAUAGAAAUUAAACACACAAGAUUGUUUGUAUAUUGUAGAGAAUUUUAACAAGCAAUGAUUGUAAAUGUCAUUAUUUUUUUUAGUAGUAUGAAUCAUAUAUAUACACUAAUCUCUCAAAAUCUCAAGCAUAAAGAACUCUGGGCCAUUAUACUCAUUGUUUUUGCUCAUACAUAUACAGGUAUAUGUACCUUUAUUAAUACAAUUCCAUGGACAUUAUGUUGCCAUAUUUUACUACAGACUCAUUUACACACAUACCAGUAAUAUGCACGGCACGUAAAUGCAUGUUCUGUGGGAUUUCUUAAGAGUUCAGUUAACAUGUAUAUCUUAAGCAAGUGAGCAUUAUAAAUUUCGUGACUUGUAAAUGAGCAUUAUUUACCAAGUUUCUGAGUGUUUGACGAGAAAUCCAUGUCUUGAUAAUUUUUUCUCAAUAAAUUUAUGGUAUUAUUGGCAUUUUACUCUGUUGUCUCAGAUCAAGAAAUGUCCAUGUACAUUGCAUAUACUCAGUUAUUUCAUCAAAUCUGAUUUUCUUAUUUGACAUUGGUCAUGUUUUUAAGCUGAUCGUAAAAAAAUUUAUCUAGACCUUUCUGUUACAUCAAUUUUAUGUAUUAAAUUUACUACUCAAUACAAAAGAAGAUACCAAAUGGUUUCAAUAAAUAUUUAAUCAAAUA